GAACCUUCGAACUGCUGCCGUUUGUAUUCCUCGGUAAAUCGCUGUUCGCUGGCGGCUCCCCCUCCUUUCUCUUACUGUCUCACCGCGCACAUCUCAACCGAGUUUCACACGUGAUGUUUCGCCUUGCGAGCAAGCCGUUGAUGCGACGCACCGCUGUGGCCCUCUCCGCCGCCGCGGUCAGCGAGAGGCCACCGAACCCGGUGACGUACCUCACCGACGAGGAGAAGAUGCUCGCGAGCACGGUGCGUUCCUUCAGCCUGCAGCAUGUGGCGCCGAAGUCGCGGAAGAUGGACCAGGAGGGCAAAAUGGAUCCCGAGGUGAUGAAGGAGAUGUUUUCGGCGGGUCUCAUGGGCAUCGAAAUCCCUGCGGACCUGGAGGGCGGAGGCAUGUCGUUCUUCUGCAGCAUCUUGGCAAUUGAGGAACUGGCCCGCCACGAUGCCGGCAUCUCUGUCACGGCCGAUGUGCAGAAUACGCUUGUGAACAACAUCUUCUUCAACUUCGCGAACGACGCGCAGAGGAAGAAGUACCUGCCCAAGCUGGCAACGAACACGGUGGGCUGCUUCUGUCUGACCGAGGCGGGCAGCGGCAGCGAUGCCUUUGCCCUCAAAACGAGGGCGGAGAAGAAGGGCUCGAAGUGGGUCAUUAACGGCUCGAAAAUGUACGUCACGAAUGGCUCGUUUGCCGGCAUCCAUCUUGUAAUGGCGACGGUGGACCCCUCGAAGGGCUACAAGGGCAUUACCUGCUUCGUGGUGGACAGCUCCGAGACCCCUGGCGUGUCUGUGGUGCGGACAGAAGACAAGCUUGGCAUUCGUGCCAGUUCAACGGCGGAAUUGCGUUUCGAGAACGUGGAGGUGCCGGAGGAGAACUUGAUUGGUAAUGUGGGCGAAGGUUACAAGGUCGCCAUCAACAUUCUGAACGAGGGCCGCAUCGGCAUUGGCGCCCAGAUGGUCGGCAUUGCGCAAGGCGCGCUGGACAUCGUCAUGCCGUACCUGUUCCAGCGGAAGCAGUUCGGGAAGGUGAUUGGCGAGUUCCAGGGCAUGCAGAUGCAGUACGCCGAGUGUGCGAUGCAGCUUCAUGCCGCCCGGCUCAUGGUCUACAACGCGGCCCGCAAGAAGCAGAACAACGAGAACUUCAUCCAGGACGCGGCCAUGGCCAAGUACUUUUCCUCCGUGGUUGCGGAGAAGACGGCGAGUCGCGCGGUGGAGUGGGCGGGCGGCAUUGGCUUCAUGAAGGACUUCGGUCUGGAGCGCUUCUACCGCGAUGCCAAGAUCGGUGCCAUUUACGAGGGCACGUCGAUCAUCCAGCUGCAGACCAUUGCCAAGCUGAUCAAGGCCCAGUACGACAAGGCGUAA